UAAAGAAGCAAAUACAAAUUCCAUAUCAACUAAAAUAAAACAAGCUGAAAUUGGAUUCCGAAAUCUGAAGAAAUGACCAAAAAGAAAUACAAAGCAGCCGUUAUUGGGAGUGGUAACUGGGGUAGUGUUGCUGCAAAACUCGUUGCUUCGAAUACCUUAAACCUCGACUCUUUCCAUGAUGAAGUUAGAAUGUGGGUGUUCGAAGAAACCUUGCCCAACGGUGAGAAACUCACAGACAUCAUCAACAUAACCAAUGAAAACAUCAAGUAUUUGCCUGGAAUAAAGCUUGGUCACAAUGUGGUUGCAGACCCAGACUUGGAACAUGCAGUGGAGGAUGCAAACAUGUUGGUAUUUGUUACACCACAUCAAUUCAUAGAGGGUAUAUGUAAGAGACUUGUUGGAAAGAUUAAAGGAGGUGUUGAAGCAAUUUCCCUUAUUAAGGGUAUGGAAGUGAAAACGGAAGGACCGUGUAUGAUCUCUAGUCUUAUCAAUAAACAGCUAGGCGUUAAUUGUUGUGUUCUCAUGGGUGCUAACAUUGGAGAUGAGAUUGCUAUGGAGAAAUUCAGUGAAGCAACAAUUGGAUACAGAGAAGAUAAAGAGGUUGCACAAAGAUGGGUUCAAAUCUUCGGGACUCCUUAUUUUCGAGUAUCAGCUCAGGUCAGGGAUAUAGAAGGUGUGGAACUAUGUGGGACAUUGAAAAAUGUUGUGGCCAUUGCAGCAGGUUUUGUUGACGGCUUGGAAAUGGGAAAUAACGCUAAGGCAGCAAUAAUGAGAAUUGGUUUGAAUGAGAUGAAAGCAUUCUCGAAGUUGAUGUUCCCGUCUGUAUGCGACAACACCUUUUUGGAGAGCUGCGGGAUUGCCGAUCUCAUCACUACAUGCUUGGGAGGUAGAAACAGGAAAGUGGCAGAUGCUUUUGCAAGGAGUGGUGGAAAGAGGUCUUUCCACGAGCUCGAAACAGAGCUGUUGCAAGGGCAGAAACUACAGGGCGUAAUAACAGCAGGAGAAGUCUACGAGGUUUUAUGUCAACGUGGAUGGCAAGAGUCAUUCCCGCUAUUCAGGACAGUUCAUUUGAUCUGCAUUGGUUGUGCUCCUCCUUCAGCAAUAAUUCAACAGUCUUAAUGUUGCCAAAAUGUCCGUCUGUUGAAGGCUGUACGCAGCAUUCCCAGAACCUUACCGAAGAGGAUUCUAGAUUUCAGGUAAUUGAGAUGUAAAUCAACAUAAGAGUCCAACUUUACAGAGCGCAUAGCAGAAAAUGUUUCAGCUUGAAUUCCAUUAAAUUACUUCAAUUUGAAACAAUUCUAUUACUUUCAGUGUGGUGUGGAAUUAAAUGAAUACCUCUGAUUCCCAGGAUCCUUCAUAAAUAUCCCCAAGGGUUGUUGGUUCACUUGUAAUGAUUAGCUGUUGGUUCAUAUAUAUAUACCACCAUUCUAGUUGGU